ACACGUCCAUUCAAAAACCAAUCUUAUAGUAUAGCUUACAAAUCAGAGGCGAAAGGCUUUGGAAUCCGAUACUUUGUAAAAACGCGCCACCACUUCAUAAACAAGAAACUCGCGAGAUGAAUGAAGGGUGCUUUCUUUGAAUUUACGGAUAUAGAAAAUUACUUUUAUAAGGAGAAAAUUCAGUAUUAGUCCACGAUCUUUUGCUGUUUAACGGCAACACAGCAUGAUAGAGUGAAUAGGAUAGGUUCUGUCAACUCCUAUCGAAAGAACAUUUGUAGUGCUACUUUGGAAAUUUAGAACUUCUCUGGACAUGAACUUUCGUUUGUGUUUAAUUUUCCUUCUGGAACUUUUUAUGUUUAUUGAGCAACAACAUGCCCAAGAUUCGGGAGAAUAUUUCCUCAGCUACAAUAGCGAAGAGCUACCAAGUCCGAUCCUCAAGAAGGCGAUCAAUAAUUUGGUGAUGAUCCAUCCGAAGAACUGUCCAGGAGCAUACAGAAAAAGGAACUCGGAAAUUCCGGACAGUCGGCAGGAACAAAUUCCGGAUUCCCUGUCGAACCGGGACUCUGACGGCCCUGUGUGGCCCCUUUCCGGAAUUCUGACCGCCAUUCAUCGAUUACGUCAUCAUCACAGAUUCAAUUAUGACGAUGACAGCAUCUAGCGACGACCUGUACUUCAAUAUUUUUGAUUACGUUUUUUCCUUGGUAUUAUACGACAUAAGAGACAGACUAUAUUUUACAGCAAUCGUAUUUUUGUAGCCAGCGACAACUGUUAUUAUGAACUGAUAAAUCGUAUAUAUUGUUUCCCUGACAAGAAUAUAAAGCAUAUCAAUGACCUAUAAAAACACUGCAAAUCCAAAAAUAAAUAAACAUUUCUUCCCCA